AUGAAACUUUUCGCCUUUGGAUCCAAUGGAUCAGGCCAACUAGGAAUUGGCCACACGGAAGACGUCUCAACACCAUCUCAAUGUCUUUUUGAGACAGACGUUGCAGAAACAGCCACAGCACAACACGAAAAGACAACUCUUACCGAUAUCCUCGAUGAUGAUAUCGUUCACAUCGCAGCAGGAGGGAACCAUACCCUCCUCAUGACGAAAAGCGGAGCUGUCUAUGUGGCUGGUUGUAAUAUUGACGAACGUUGUGGUCCACAAUAUCAAGAUCAAGACGAGGAUGGGAAUAUAUCCCAUUUUCGCCGUUUCAUUCUCAAAGAUUCAACUACCGGAUCUGAAAUUUCGACGUUCAAGUGUGUUUCUGCGACUUGGGAAGGGACUAUUGCUGUUGCAUCUACCCCACAAUCACAGACCCAGUUGUUAGGGAUCCCAGAACCACAGGACAGAGUCUACAUAACCGGGCUCUCCCCUAAAGGAACUCUAACGCAUGAUACAACAACCCCAGUCCAACCAGGGACAUUUAUAUCCGAUUUUCCACCCAGGGGAACAAGCAUUACAUCGUUAUCGAGUAGUAUGGCGCAUACAAUCGCCAUUCUCUCAAAUGGGGAUGUAUACGGCUGGGGUGGAUCGAGGAAAGGUCAACUCGGUGCUGGGAACCGUGGUUCAAAGAUUGUCUGUCAGCCACGCAAAUUCGAUGUACCAUUUCCUGUGAAGGGUGGGGUCUGUGGACGGGAGUUCUCGGUUGUCUGGGGGAGUGCCGGGGAUGUUUAUGUAUUUGCUGAUUCGGGGAUGAAGUGGGGGGUGACGGGAAUUCCAAAGGUUUUAUCGGGGCUUUCAGAUUCAGUUGGAGCUGAGGACGUGUGUGGAGGGGCGAGAGGACAUAUUCCUUUUGCUUCGGCUGGUAUUGGGGCUAGUUGGCAUGGUGUUUAUGUACAUGUUGCUCCUGCAUCUGCUCCUGCAUCUACUCCAAUCCUAGCGCCCGGCUCCAUCAUAGCAUGGGGCCGCAAUGAUCGUGGUCAACUCCCACCCCCGACCCUCCCAUCAACUGCCCACCUCGCUGUCGGAAGCGAGCACGUCCUCGCACUCUUAGAGCAUGGCCAGGUGGCAGCAUUCGGAUGGGGCGAGCAUGGCAAUUGUGGACCGGAUACAGAUACACAAGGUAAUGUAUCGGGGACAUAUAACAUUGUUCCAUUACCUGAUACUGUGAGCGCUGCUGGUGAGCGGGUCAUUGGUGUUGGGGCCGGGUGUGCGACCAGCUUUAUGCUUGUGUCAUGA